GCCAUUGCCGGCUUGUCAGUAUUGAAAAAAAAUUCGUGCAGUGAGCGUCUGAGAGAAAGCAAAGCGAAAAAAGUGAAUUUCAUUUUCUGCCCAAAGAAAACUGAAAAGUUUUAUUGUUUUAAAGUUUAUUCUGUGAAACAAAAUAUAACAAGAUGCCCGAAGAAGCUGAGACUUUCGCAUUCCAGGCUGAGAUUGCUCAGCUGAUGUCGUUGAUCAUCAACACAUUCUACUCAAACAAAGAAAUCUUCUUGCGUGAAUUGAUUUCCAAUGCGUCUGAUGCCCUCGACAAGAUCCGCUAUGAAUCGCUGACGGAUCCCAGCAAGCUUGACUCCGGCAAGGAGCUGUACAUUAAGCUGAUACCGAACAAGACCGCUGGUACUUUGACCAUCAUUGAUACCGGUAUCGGUAUGACCAAGUCCGAUUUGGUCAACAACUUGGGCACAAUUGCCAAGUCGGGCACUAAGGCAUUCAUGGAGGCAUUGCAGGCUGGUGCCGAUAUUUCCAUGAUUGGCCAGUUCGGUGUGGGUUUCUACUCCGCCUACCUCGUCGCUGAUAAGGUCACAGUUACCUCAAAGCACAACGAUGAUGAACAGUACGUCUGGGAGUCGUCCGCCGGUGGUUCGUUCACUGUCCGUGCCGACAACUCGGAGCCUUUGGGCCGUGGUACCAAGAUUGUCCUGUUCAUCAAGGAGGAUCAGACUGAUUACCUGGAGGAGAGCAAGAUCAAGGAGAUUGUCAACAAGCACUCUCAGUUCAUUGGCUAUCCCAUCAAGUUGCUGGUGGAGAAGGAGCGUGAGAAGGAGGUCAGCGACGAUGAGGCUGAAGAUGAGAAGAAGGAGGGUGAGGAGAAGAAGGAGAUGGACACUGAUGAGCCCAAGAUCGAGGAUGUUGGUGAGGAUGAGGAUGCCGACAAGAAGGACAAGGAUGCCAAGAAGAAGAAGACCAUCAAGGAGAAAUACACCGAAGAUGAGGAGCUUAACAAGACCAAGCCCAUCUGGACACGCAAUCCCGAUGAUAUCUCCCAGGAGGAAUACGGAGAGUUCUACAAGUCGUUGACCAACGACUGGGAAGAUCACUUAGCCGUCAAACACUUCUCGGUUGAGGGUCAACUGGAGUUCCGUGCUCUGCUCUUCAUCCCACGUCGUACUCCCUUCGAUCUGUUCGAGAACCAGAAGAAGCGCAACAAUAUUAAGCUGUACGUGCGUCGUGUCUUCAUCAUGGACAACUGCGAGGAUCUCAUCCCGGAGUACUUGAACUUCAUGAAGGGUGUUGUCGACUCUGAGGAUUUGCCCCUCAACAUUUCCCGUGAGAUGUUGCAGCAAAACAAGGUACUCAAGGUUAUUCGCAAGAAUCUAGUCAAGAAGACCAUGGAGCUGAUUGAGGAGCUCACCGAGGACAAAGAGAACUACAAGAAGUUCUACGAGCAGUUCAGCAAGAACCUGAAAUUGGGCGUCCAUGAGGAUAGCAACAACCGCGCCAAGUUGGCCGAUUUCUUGCGCUUCCACACCUCAGCCUCUGGCGAUGACUUCUGCUCGUUGGCCGACUACGUGUCCCGCAUGAAGGAGAACCAGAAGCAUGUCUACUUCAUCACUGGCGAGUCGAAGGACCAGGUCAGCAACUCUGCCUUCGUUGAGCGUGUCAAGGCCCGCGGCUUCGAGGUGGUCUACAUGACUGAACCCAUCGAUGAGUAUGUCAUCCAGCACCUGAAGGAAUACAAGGGCAAGCAGCUCGUUUCCGUCACCAAGGAGGGUCUGGAGUUGCCCGAGGAUGAGGCCGAGAAGAAGAAGCGUGAGGAGGAUAAGGCUAAAUUCGAGAACCUGUGCAAGCUGAUGAAAUCGAUCUUGGACAACAAAGUUGAGAAGGUCGUUGUGUCCAACCGCUUGGUUGACUCGCCAUGCUGCAUUGUCACCUCUCAGUUCGGUUGGUCCGCCAACAUGGAGCGCAUCAUGAAGGCCCAGGCACUACGUGACACCUCCACCAUGGGCUACAUGGCCGGCAAGAAGCAUUUGGAGAUCAAUCCCGAUCAUCCAAUUGUUGAGACUCUGCGCCAGAAGGCUGAUGCCGAUAAGAAUGAUAAGGCUGUUAAGGAUCUGGUCAUUCUGCUGUUCGAGACCUCGCUCUUGUCCUCUGGCUUCUCCCUGGACAGCCCACAGGUGCACGCCAGCCGCAUCUAUCGCAUGAUCAAGCUGGGUCUUGGCAUCGAUGAGGAUGAGCCCAUGACCACCGAGGAUGCCCAGAGCGCCGGCGAUGCUCCAUCCCUGGUUGAGGAUACCGAGGAUGCAUCCCACAUGGAGGAGGUCGAUUAAAGGAUCGAUCAACACCUAAUCUCUCACCAUCACCAUUCACCCAUUAUAUGCUAAAUUACUUGAAGUUAAUCACAUUUCAUUUCCUUAGUUAGAGCCGCUUCAUGUGUUGACUUGACAACAGAGUUAUUUAAUAUUCAGUUUACAUUGUAAUUUGUAUUUACGUUUUGUCGCGUUAUAUGCGACAGAAAUACGCUUAACUCACUUCAAAAACCAUGUUAGGAUCAAUACAUUCACUAAGAGCAGUUGUCGUUUUUAAGAAAUUUCUAAUUUAGAAUCCAAGUAAUUUAUGUAAUGAAAAACAAAAAUACAAAGACUACAUACGCACUAGAUAUUAAAUGGAAUAUGUAAUAAGAUUGGAUGAUCGAUGAUAAACAAACUAAUUAAACAAGCAUAAUGUGUUUGAAAAUCAA